AACGGGCAGGGUAACGUUUAUAAAAAUUAGUUUAGGGCUUAUAACAUACAUCCACCCCAAGCAUUUCAUUUUAGCCCACAACAAAUCUUAUGCAUUGGUCUGGCUCUCCUCUUUGGGGCUUAGUAUAAUAUACUAAGGCAAUCGGGUUUAGCCUUGGCUUUCCACACUAUAAUCUGGAAACACAGAAAUGGAGACUUCGUUGAGAUACAGUGGAGAUUCCAAAGCUCUAAGAAUCCACGCCAAGGAGAAGUUCUCCAUCGAUUCCAAAACCCAUUUGCAGGUUUAUGGCGAGCUAGACACCAGAACUGGAGCCCCGAGUAACUUUUGUGCAAUGAUAAGGCACUUCUAUCCUGAUUUACAUACAAGCCUUGGUGUAGGAUUGCGCUAUGAUAAGUGUGAUAAGGUGCAGUACACGUUGCGAGGAAAAAGGUCUUUUCUUGUAACCAACAAUGGUUUGGUAAAUUUCGUUGUCAAGGGAAGAUACGAUGUUGACCAAGAAUUCGAGGGGAGGAAGUCAGAAGGAGCUGCUGAAUUUACCUUUAGCAUAAUCAAUUUCCAGAGAGACCAAGAUGUUAGAUUCAAACUUGGCUAUGAAGUAUCUGAGAAGGUUCCAUAUCUGCAGAUUAGGGAAAAUAAUUGGACCCUCGAUGUUGACAUGAAGGGCAGAUGGAACAUAAGAUUCGAUUUGUAAGAAGAUAUAAGAUUGACCUCAUUUGGUGGUGAGAUAUGUGGGUGCCAAAAGCAUUUAUAAUGUUCAUUUCAUUUCUGAUGGAUUGGACAGACAGCUGUGUUGUGCUGAUUGGUAAAAACCCAAUGUCAUUGGUCAUUAAAAUGUAUAAUGUGGGUUUCUUUUUCUUCUUCCAAUCAAAU